CCUGAGAGUUUCAACAGAGCAGGUGUUGCAGGUGUGUGUCAUCCUCCACAGUCCAAUCAGGAGGAAUUCCACCGGAGCAUCAACACCACCCAAUGAGGUUGAGCACAUUACCCUGGACCAAUCAGCUGGCAGAGGAGCCACAGUGACCACCGAGUAGGAUCUGAGUUGUAUAAAAUUGUCGCUAGAUGGCGGUUGUCACUGCUGACUACAUCGUGAUGCAGUUUGGACUUGUGGCGGAGGGCAUCUUCACUCUGGGCUAUAACUCAGAAUUGCAAGAAAAAAAAGUAUGAGUUUCAUCAGAGCAGGUGUUGCAGCUUGUUUUUCUCCAGCAUAUGGUGUCUGAGGGUCCUACAGCUAAAGAAGAUCAGUUCAUUGCAUGGCACUUAUUAAUCACAGUGGGGUCCUGCGGCUGCUGUUUCUACACUGUCAUAUGCAUAAAAGUCCUUACAUCAGAAUUGGCAAAGCCUCUGUCCGAACUCCAGUUUACUCCAAAGGGCAAUAUAGAGAAACGCAUGUUCUGUGCUGGCGGGAUGGAGAAACGAACCAGAUCUCUGCAGCAGUCAGCUGCUACUGUAGAGCUGUCAGUCUGGAGACGGGACACACGCACACAAUCAGCAUGCAGCAGCAGUGGGUAUGUGUGGCUUUACUGGCCCUCCUGACUGUCACAGUGACGCUGGCAGAUGGUGGAAAAACAGAGAAACAAGGUAAGAAAGAGCGUAAAUCGGACUGUGGCGAGUGGCAGUGGAGCGUGUGUGUGGCUAACGAGGGUGACUGCGGCCUGGGCACCAGAGAGGGCACACGCACCGGCACCGACUGUAAACAGACCAUCAAAACCCAGCGCUGCAAAAUCCCCUGCAACUGGAAAAAGCAGUUUGGAGGCGAGUGUAAGUAUGAUUUUCAAGCGUGGGGAGAGUGUGACUCGAGCACGGGAAUGAAGACACGCACCGGUGUGCUAAAGCGAGCGCUGAUGGAUGCUAACUGCCCGAACACCGUCAGCGCCACCAAACCCUGCGGCAAACCCAAGACCAAGAUACAAGAUUCACAGAAACCAAAACGGGAAGGAAAGAAGAAGGAGCGAAAGCCGACAGACUAGAGGAGAAACUCCAGCUGCAUCCUGAAGCUGCUCUCUUCUGCUCCUCAGGCAGAGACGGAUGCGAGCCGCAGAGAUCAUGCCGGAUCUUAUUUACAGUAGAAUAUUUUUAGAUCGUUUGUAGCUUUAAUUUACAGCUCAUGGAAUAAUACAGAAAUGAUAAAAGAAACAAAGUAAUUACUAAAAUCUUCUAAUGUUGCACCAGCAGUAUCAGAAUGUUUUGCUAAUGUUAUUUCUGAAUGUUCUCUAAACGUUCCAAACAUCCAGUUUUUUAAAUGUUUAAAAAAACAAACCUUUGUUGUUAAGGAUGUAUCGUUACAUUGUUACUUUUGAACGUUCUGAAACAAGAAAACAUUCCAUGAACGAUGUUCUGAAUCAACAUUCUAUUAAUGUUACUUCAAGAACUCUUAUUCAUAACUUUGCCAGAUCAUUCAGAGAAGGUUAGCUGGGCGCCUGAACAUCAGAGAUGAAUAAAAUGCGAGAUUUUAAUUCAUGAGUAUAGAUUGAAAUGAAAUGUCCUCAUCAAAUUAGAAUUUGAAUUGUAAUUUAUGAACAGAAAAGAUCCUUAUAUAAGUUGAUUGGGGGAAUUAAAUGUCCUUCCACUAAAAUGAAAUUUACUAAAUACAUUAAUACCAUAUGAUGUUUCUGAAAUAUCCUAUAAACAGAACAUAUUUAUGGAUAAUACAUACUGAGAAAUAAAGAAUUCUGCAUACUGUUCAAAUUAAGUUCAAAUUCAAAAAUUGUAAUUCUCAAUUCAGACCUGCUGGAGAAUGAAUCAAAUAAAAACACAGCUAAAGUUAAACUAAUGCUUUAUAAAUGUCAUGAAUGUAACAUCAUUUCCAGUAAAUAAAGAUGUUAAUUAUUCCUUCCCAUCA